AAGGCCAAUGACGAUGAUGUGAUGCUCUUUAGCCAGCCAGUUAGCAUCAGUGCAACAGCGUCGUAAACAACAGUCGAGCUGCUGUUAAGUCUUGCUAGCUUUCUAUAUAUAUAUUAUAUAUAUAUAUAUAUAUAUAUAUAUUUAUAUAUAUUAAUUUAUUUUUAAAUGUAACAACAAAAAAUACACAUUACACGCUGUAAACUGGAGAAUGCCAGAAGACGCGACGCAUUCCAAAUAAAAGCGCAGAGCAAAGAUUUCGCUCAGUAUUGCGUGACUAUGGAUCCGAGCUCCAGUGCUUCUACUGUUCCAGCUGCUUUGACCGUGCAAGUGUGUUUCCCCUCUGUGCGCGCUGCUCUUCUGGACAAUCUGAAUCACCAGCGAGAGGAGGGCCGGCUGUGUGACCUCUCUAUCCAUGUGCAAGGCAAAGUGUUCAAGGCCCACCGCUGUGUGCUCGCUGCAUCCUCGCCUUACUUCCAUGAUCAGGUGUUACUGAAGAAUGUGACAACGGUUUCCCUCCCCUCAGUCAUGGACCCAGUGGCGUUUGAGAGCGUGCUGAGUUCUGCGUACACGGGUCAGCUGAGCAUCGUUCACGAUGACAUCGUCAACUACGUCACCGUGGCCAGUUUCCUCCAGAUGUGGCACAUCGUGGACAAAUGCACCGAGAUCCUAAAGAGACCCCGACCCUCGGCAGAAGUAACCCCGCCGGAUGCCUCAGCAGUUCAUGCCGGCAGCGCAUCCAGACAGCAGUCACCGAGCAGCACCGACUGUUUGUAUCUAGAGAGAGAGGGGAGAAGGAAAGAGGCUAAGCCUGACGCUUUGCCUCCUUUGGCUACUUGGAGGCGCCCGCAGCAGUUUUCAAGAUGGGGGAGCUCACGGCCCUCCUCUGCGCAGCACUUGGCCGACUCCCAACUGGAUGCCCUCCCAUACGCAGAGAGCGAUUACACCUGCUGCGAAGAGACGUGCGACGGCAAAAGCGGCCAUUUCGGCCACAAUUGUCCCAGUGCGGAGGUACGGAAGCAGAAACUCAGGUGUGAGCCUCGAGGAGCUCUGCAGAGUGUUGACGGUGAAGCACCACAGAGCAAGAAGAAUGAGAAAAGAGAGCUUGAAGCUGAUGAAGGGGUCGGAGAAGGUGGGGUGGAGAAGAAGGAAGGAUUUGCACAAACGGGUCAUUGUGGAGACUUGCAGCCCAUGUUAGUAGAGAAUGAAGAGUCAAGACGAGCCAUGGGGAAGGUGAGUUUGGUGGACGUACGAGAUAAAUCACAGAUGUUGUCCAGUGUCCCGCCUUGCCAUAAAGCCGAAAGUCCUUUGGGAGAACCCUGUGCCGUUUUAGCCCGAGUGCAGUGGCAAGCAGGUCCCUGGUCUCAGCAAGAGUCCAGACCACAGGAGGGGGAAGUGGUCGGUAAAGCUGAGGAGGGUUUUCAAUGUCUCACAGGGGGAAAAUUUAACUCUGAGACAUAUGAUGAGAUUGAAGAUGGGACAGGCCACGUUUCCCAGAGGCCUCUGGUGCCCGCGUCACCUGACUUCACCAUGGCGACCUCAGAGGGGAGCUGGCUUUCCACCAGCGUGCUGCAGAGUGGCGCAUCGUUAACUCUGUCCUCCGCUCGCCAUUUGCCCCCCUCUUCCGCCAAUCUGCCGCCACCCUCAUCGCCCCCAACCCCGUCGUCGUCAUCCUCUGUGAUCAUGGCCAGCGCCCCCUACUCGGGCAAAGUCCACUUCUGCCACUGCGGCAAAGCCUUCACGCUGAAGAGCAUGCGCGACCGCCACGUGAAGAUGCAGCAUCUCAACCUGCGGCCGUUCGGCUGCCCCGUCUGCACCAAGUCCUUCAAGAUGAAACAUCAUCUCACCAAGCACCUGAAGACGCACGGAGGGCUGCGGCCUUACGAGUGCGGCGUGUGUGGCAAGAAGGUCAUCUGGAGAGACAGCUUCCUGAGGCACCAAGCCAGAUGCGAGAGGAUCGCAUCCUCCGAUGACAACACGAGCUCGGCUCGGGCCGACAUGGACGGCAGCUACGGUUACGCCUUCGACGGCGGGGACGCCUUUCUCUCAAUGGGAGGACAAGUGAAAGUGGAGGAGGUGGAUUUCCAUGGGGAAAUGGAGGCUGGGAUGAGUGGGUUGCUGGGAAGUGUGUCCGGGAUUGUGGAUGAACUAAGAACUCAAAAUUUGGACACUGGUGGUCAUGUUUACAAAGAGGAGGCAGGAGAGAACUUUGGUGAAACAAAGUAGUAUUCAACCAUAUAAAUAAGUGUCGUUUGAGAAUCUAUAAAGGUUAUUUCAAGAUAUUUCCCCGCAACUGUAAGAUUUUCUUCUAAUUUUGAAGUGUGGUUAGAAAUGAAAGGAAAGGACAAAAACACAAAACAUAUUUGUUCUAAACCUCUUAAUAGAAAGAGAGAGAGAGAGAGAGAGAGAGGCUAAUAAACUUUCGUCGAAUUAGGUACCUCUCGACUUUAAACAUUUAUAUUAUUAAAACUACAGUGGUACCGCGACCUUCAAGUGACCUACAGGUUUUUCAAGCUAUCAGUCGGGCAAUAUUAUUUAUUUUUUGUCUUGAUUUGCAGGGAGAAAUUUGAGUAUGAGCGCUAAAUCGUGCCAGCGAACUUCACAAUAUUUUAAUUUUGUUGUUACUCUACUUUGUUGUUACUUUUUUUAACCAGCGCAUUUCCUUCCGUCACCACAUAGUUUGUGGUUUUGACUUCAAGUAGAGCGGUAUCACUAAUUAGCUUAAAGUUUGUUGGCCUUUAUCUAUCUGAUUAAGAGUUUUACAACAAAAAUAGGUUGUGUUCUGUGGUAUUUUCUUUCCAUUUCCAACGGCACCUCAAAUUUUGAAGAAAAUCCAAGAAGUGAAGGAACGAUUCUUGGUUGAUUUUACAUGGAAUGUUCAACUAGCACAACUCAGUAGUGGCUCUUUUGGAGCAACUUAUGGGCGUUUUAAUGUUACAUUUUGGGAAAAAUACUUUAAGGGAUUGAUGUGCUUAAGUAUGUUUGUAGCAAGCAGUGUUGUUACUGUUACUGUUCUUCAUUAUUGUAAACCUAAAUUUGCACAUGUAUUAUUUGCUUUCCACCUGAAGUGGAACAUGAAAAAUAGACAAAUAGAGUACAGUACAAAUAGAAUGUUUUUUGUCCUAUACAGUUUUGCACUAUGUGAUGGGGUAAAAAAAAAAAAAAAGUAUAAGUGUUGUUUUUUUGUUGUUGUUUUUUUUUUUAAAUCUACUUGUUCAUGAAGAUGACGAGUGCUAACAAUUAUUUACACGACUGAAACAUUCAUUCUUUUACGGUGGUGUAAAAUUCACUGGACACUUCAUUAGGUACAUCUUCACAGUCUAGGUCCAACACAAGAUCGAUAGCAAAUACUCUGCUGUUGCAAAGAUCGAAAAAUACACUACGAAAAGAGCGUUAUAGAAUGAGGAUGGAUAGCUUGGUCGUACUGUAUUUGGCCAUUCUUGUGUUGCUAAAUAAGGUAAGCUAUUUUAAUACUGCUAAGUGUAACCAGUUUUGAUUUUUUAAAUUUUUAUAUUGAUUCUCAUUAGAAUGUGCCUAAUGUUGUGGGCGGUGGGUGUGUAAAAGAAUGCUGAUUAUCUUUGCAGUAUCCUCCUUAAUUCCUUCUGUAAUUAUCUUUUACUGUGUCUCAGGGGCGGUUCUAGCUCAUGUUCAGCGGGCUGGCCAGACUGGGUCCAAGGGUUUUUUUUUCGGGGAGGGUGGGAUUGGACUGACUAUGGGGGCAUUCAUGGGGGGGGGGUCUAAACCCAGUAUUGGUGUUAGAACCGCCACUGUGCCUUUGGAUUAAAAUUCUCAGUGUAACGUAUUUUGUGUGUGUGUUUGUGGGGGGGAUUUGAGCCUCCAUUGUUGACCUUGAUAACGAUUGUGAUUGGACAACACAUUUAGUCUUGUUUUGAUCACAAGCUAAAUGUGCUCGAAUAAAGUGGACACUGGAAACAUG